GUACUCAUUCCAGGAUGAAGAAGAUAUGUUUAUGGUUGUAGACCUGCUGCUUGGAGGGGACCUGCGUUACCAUCUCCAACAAAACGUGCGGUUCCAAGAAGGCACUGUGAAACUCUUCAUCUGUGAGCUGGUGCUGGCCCUCGACUAUCUGCAGAGCAGGCACAUCAUCCACAG